GUGGUGCCUGUGUUAGGGUUUAUAGAACAGAUUCUCGGACCCAAGAUUCACUAACAGCCAUAGGCGCUGCGCGGCGGCGAUCGCUGGCGGAAGAUUGGCACAGCGGGAGCGGGGCGCUCAACGCUCUACCCAUGACAAUGUACGAGGACAAAAAGCUCUCGCCCGCGAGCUUGCUGCAGCCAACGCAGGAGACCCCCGACAUCGUUUCCGAGGACAGUGGUCCAAACAGCCCCGGCAUCUCUGGAGCUGGGAACUCCGUCAAGCAGCGCCUCCGCUGGACGCCCGACUUGCACGAUCGCUUCGUGGACGCUGUGAAAUCUCUUGGUGGUCCUGACAGAGCAACGCCCAAAGGUGUUUUGAGGUACAUGGAGGUGAAAGGACUGACGGUCUAUCACGUGAAGAGCCAUUUGCAGAAGUUUAGGCUCUCGACUCCAGGCGCUAUGAUAGAAGGAGGCGACCAUGAAAAGAAAAUGGACGACAUGGUUCCCCACAUUGACUCAGCCUUCGAUCUUGCGGAAGCUGUGCGGGUACAAGUCGAAGUCCAGAAACGCCUGCAAGACCAGCUGGAGGUCCAACGACAAUUCCAGUUACGGCUGGAGACGCAGACCAAGUACCUCGAGAAACUGAUCGAGGAGCACGAAAGGCUGAACGAGCAGCUGAGGAUCCAGACGAGGGGCAUUCAAGGCUCGGACAAGAAGGCCGAUGCCCCAGAAGAAAUAAAAGAAACUGGGAAUCCACCCCCAGCGAAGCGGUCACGGAUGAACGAUCCAGCGAGGAAGAGCGGUGGCGAGCAGCAGCAGGCAGUGUACCCAAAGGUGGACUACGAGGCUAGUGUCCAGGAUUUCCCGGAGUACUCCGAGACAUACCUGGACGAUGCGAACAAUCUCCAACAAAGCGCUGGUGCCGAGUGAGCGAGAACUUCUUCGUCGGUCCAUGUAAAGGUAUGCUCGACUAGGAAGGAAUGCUCUCGUGCUGUGAAUGUUAACUCUCCAUUGUGGAAAAGGAAACAAAGCGAAGUGACUAAAAAGACUGAUACAAAUACACGUGAAA